AUGCUUUUUGCGUACAGGGAAGUUCCUAACUGUACGACGGGUGUUUCGCCAUUCAAGUUGAUGUAUGGACGUGAAGCACGAGGACCUCUCAGUGUUCUAAAAUCGAGCUGGUGUGAUGAUAUUGCCAUUCCGUUAAACAUGGAGAAAUUAGUUGUGGAUUAUUUACAGGAGCAAAAAAUAAACUUAGAAAGAGCUGCAGAGGAAGCAUCUCUCAUCGCUUCUGCUGCUACUUUUCAAAGGGAAAUGAACAAAGCAUUGUCACCAUACAGAGAAUUUUGCCGUGCUUAUAUUGAUGACAUUGCUAUAUUCUCCAAUGAUAUUCCCUCUCACUUGAAACAUCUUCAUUUGGUGCUGGAUAGAUUGGAAGAGCUGCAAUUCACUGUUAAUCUUUCAAAGUGUGCUUUCGCGAAAUCUGAAAUUUCAUACCUGGGACAUAUAAUUGGCUCAGGAAAGCAUCAAGCUGAUCCAGCUAAGUUGGAAACGAUCUCUCGUUUGCCCGUACCUGAAACCAAGAAACAACUACCUAGUGCUCUUGGCCUGUUCAACUAUUAUCGUGAUUAUAUUGCAAAUUUCGCCGAGAUUGCCUUUUCAUUAACGGAACUAACAAAGAAAAGAAGCCCUGAUGUGUUGCCGUGGUAUAUAAAAACCAUGUUCAAGAGAAACUUACUAGAAAAAUUGCGUCGAAGGAAGCAGGUUCCAUCUAAGAGGAUGACGCAGAUGUUACUGACCUUGGAGGAAUUGGAUCGUGAUGUAACCACCGUAUUGACAACCAGCAGCCCCUACAUUGCAGAGAGCGCCGUUGAAUUCAGUUACAAAGGCCGAGCGUAUAAGCCUUUACAGAAUCACAAUCGUGCCAUCAUUUUCUAUGAGCAAAGAGGAAACAUCAAGAGAAAGGCCCUGGAAUCUGACAAGAUAGAUGCUGGAAAAGGCGAAGAAACUGUUGAAGAACUAGACACAAAACGAAAAAAUAAAUUUAAUUUUUGUGAUCGAGCUACGCAAACAUUAGUCUUUUUGCAUGUGGACAAAGAAACUCAGACAGAGCCGUUACCACAACUUGUUUGUGAUGGCACGGUGUCUUUCGCCGAUAUAGUCCAGGCAUAUACGGAAAAAGAAGCGCAAGGGAAGCUCGAUGACGAAGAGAAUUCCAACAAAUCUGCUCGAAAAAGUAUUAGAAAAGGACAAAAGGUACAGAAUCCCGAAAGUCAGAGAAGGUUUUUCCGUUUUUGCGAAAGAAUGAUUGAUCAAAAUUUAUUAUCGGAUGUGAAUAUUGAUUUCAAUUUCUACGACACUCCGAGUGAUGAGUUCAAGGACAAAGGCCUCGGCUCCCUCCUGGCUCUCUGGAAAUUCAGCUACCAGCCAAUGAAAGGCACUCCAGUGACGGGAAUGAGCUGGAACAACUUCUAUCCUGAUAUGUUUGCUGUCGCCUUCGGAACAUACGACGUAACGAAGCAGCGUCAGCAAGGGUGUGUCUGCGUGUACAGUCUGAAAUGCCCUUCCUACCCGGAAAAAGUGAUUCCCUGCAAAUUGGGAGUGUACUGCGUCGAGUUCAACAAGGAACGCUCGUAUCUACUCGCAAUAGGAUUUGCCGAUGGGACAGUCGCAGUUUACGACAUGAGGAGAAAUGUCACUUCCCCGAUUGCUAUCAACAAAACUAAGAAGCUGGAACAUAACGACAUAGUUAACCAGGUGAAAUGGCUCCCCGACAACAUCGACGGCCAGCACCAUUUUUGCUCCAUAUCAGCUGACUGCCGGGUCAUCAACUGGUUACUCGCCAAAUCUGAGCUUAUUCCUUCGGAAGUUAUCAAUUUACGAGAGGAUGACACAAUCGUUGGAACCGACGAAGAGAAGAAAGCGGAUUCAAUGAGCUGUGGUACAUCCAUUUCAUUUAAUCCUGAUUGCAGUGAUCUUUUUCUGAUUGGCACUGAAAACGGCUUUAUUCACAAAUGUUCCAAUCUGUGCACUGCCCAAUACCUCAACGCCUACAAGGACCACAACAACAUUGUGUACAACAUCCACUGGAAUCCGUACCAUCCGCGUGUUUUUCUGUCUUGCAGCGCCGACUGGACUAUACGAAUAUGGGACCAUACGUUGAAUGAGUCCGUCUUCACUUUCGAUCUGCUGAAUGAAGUCAAGGACGUCACUUGGGCGCCUUUUUCGUCGUCUCUCUUCGCUGCAGUGACCAGUGACGGAAAGGUUCAUAUUUUCGAUAUCAUGAUGAACAGGCAGCAGCCGACCUCCAGCUACACGGUGUACAAUUCGAAGAAGAACAUCAAUCUGACGAGUGUGCAGUUCAAUCCCGUGAAACCUGUCAUCAUCAUUGGCGAUGAUAAGGGCUCAGUGAUUAGUUUUAAGUUAUCUCCGAAUUUGAGAUCGUCUUUAAAGGCUUUCCAAACCCUUGAAAGAUCAAAAUUUGCAGCUGCAGAAAAAGACAAAAUGGAAAAAAUUCUGAAAUUGGCGAAGAAUCUUGGAAAUUGUGAUGAAGCUUCUUGA